GGAGAGUCGUGGGGGCCAAGGAGCACCUUGGCUGUCUGGAGUCUGGCGGGAGUGGGGAAGGACUGAGGGGCUAGCUCAGGCAGCAGGGGCGGUGGGGCCUGGGAGCCCACGAGGAGAAGGGUGGGCUCCCAGGGAAGCAGGGCAACAUCGGCAGGGGCGCUGGGCCUGAGCUAGGGCUGGAGCGGAGGGGAGCCAGACACUCAUCCCGGGAACUUUUGGUUUCAGGACGUGGCGGCUGGUCGGACAAGGGGAAGCUGCUGGGCAGGGCUCGACCCCACACCUGGGCAGUGGAGGUGUAGCUGGCAGCAGUGGGCAGGUGAGGACCGCCAUCUGCCGGGCAGGUGAGUCCACUUCCCUCCCUGGGCCUCACUGCGCUGGCCUUCUAGAAGAAGGCUGGAGAGCGAGGACCAGCAAGGAGAAGUGGCUGUCCUCCCGGCAGAGCGGCAGGAAGAAGGCAGGAUGGUAGGCACAGGUGACAUCUUCUCGGGGGGAGCCGAGACGGAGAGAGACUGGGGGGCCCAGGGUCCAUUCCAGGUGGAAAGAGCAUUUUGAGUGGGCAGGAUAGAGAAGGGAAGGGCUGCCAGCGAGGACCGAGGCUGCUGCCUCCAGGGAGGUGACAGGUGACCUGGGGGUGGUAGUGGAGUCUGUGGGAAUCCAUCUAGCACUGUGGGAGUAUCCCAGGUCCAGGUCGGGCAGAGCGAGGUGGGGUCACAGGAUACAGAGGGGUCCCCAGCCGCCACCACAUCCCACCCACCGUAAUUCAUCUAGGAGAAGGUACAGAAGCGGCUCUGGCGGGUCUCUCGAGGCCUGUGCCAGAGCCUCGAAGGCCGGAGAGCGGGAAAGAAGGGCAGUGCGCGGGCAGCACAGAAGGACGUCACCUGGGGGGAGCGGUGGUCGUGGGUGGCGGGCUCCAGAGAGAUAUCGCAGCAAGGAGGCUGCAGCGGGCCCAGCCUGUGGAUGCACCGUUCCCACGCGGCACUGCGGCCCAGAGGCUGGCGCGGAGAGGGCCCACAGUGGACUUGGUGACACUGUAUGCCCUAACCGCUCAGCUGCUGGGUCUGGCAUGGCAGACAGGACAGCACCAGGGGAGCCAAGGGCAUGGGCAAGGCCAGACAAGGCGAGACGGGCGGGGUAGAGCGAGUGAGCUCUCUAAGGGGGGAGUCGGGGCAGGCAGGUGAGGGGCCACCAGGCGGCGAGCCAACGAGGCACUGGCCUCCAGAGCCCGUGGCCAAGGCGGGCAUCACGGGCAGCGACGGAGCAGUGAUCGGUGCCUUCAAGCUCAAGACUGGAGACAAGGGUCUCCAGCAGGGGUGCACACGCCAGCCCCCGAAGGCCAGGACGCCAGGCGCAGGGAUGUACUGGAAAGACAUGACAUGGUCCGGUGUGAUGGCGAGGACAGAGGGACUGCCGUCCGGCCUUCGUGAACACUCUGGCUGGCACCACGGGGCAGGCUGCCACAGAAGGGUCUGGUCCUUUGCUUUUCCGAAAGAGUUAACACACCACUGCUGCUCUCUGGACCCCCUAGAACCCUCAAGAAAUAAAGAAAUGGUGCUACCCAGCUCACGUCUGGGCCUUCAACUCCGGGGACUUCUUCAAGUCCGUCUAGCUCUGGAUCAAGAAUAUGCUGCGUUUGGGAACCACUGCAUACCUGACUCAGGAAUCGGCUCUGUAGGUGAAGCCAAGGACCAGGCCUGUGAACAUCAAGGCAGAACAGACCCGCAGCACCCGCCGCCAAACCCCAUCCUCGUGGCCACCCCACUGCGCCCAGCGGACCAUCAGCACGCCUCCCUCUGCUUUUCUUCUUCCUCCUUCCCUCCAACCUUGUGUUUCUGUCUUUCUUCCUUCCGUCGUUUGAGAGAUUCAAAGCAUCCGUGACUCUGUUUCCCCACCCGUCCCUUCUGAUUUCAAUUUGCACUAAGUCGUUUGCACUGGUUUGGAGCUCGGAGAGAGCCUUGAGUCUCUCUGUGCGCGUGUGCGUGAGUGUGCGGGCCUCCUUGGCCACGCCGCCCCAGCGCCUGCCUGCUGUCCACCUCUGCCUGGGGGCGCCUGGGCGCCGGCCGCGUGCUUGAGGCCCCGCCCUCCCCUCACCUUGUCUGGAAGCUCCACAACAGCGAGCCACCUCAAAGCAUUCCUUACACUACCUUGCCCAGUGCCCCUCCCCACCAGGGCUCACCAGAGUCCUGGCCUCAUCAAUAAACACAGUUACAGCAACUUGUCUCAGG